AUGUUACAACCGCCACCACAUCCUUUGGUGGACUCAAGCGGUGGUCAACGCUUCCUAGUGGAGCGUGUUUUGAACCACCGCGAUAUGAAUGGCGUUCGGACGAGUUACCUCGUCCGCUGGCGUGGCUAUCCACCGGCGUGGGACAGCUGGGAGCCUCGUGUCCAGCUGAUUGUUGAUGUCCUUGGUCUCUUCGAGCAGUACGACGAGACCCACCCGCUUCGUUCGAAGAAGGACGUCGGAAAACGACCUCCCCAAACGCGAGUACAGGGAUUGCAAAGUGUCGAUCCCUUCGCCCAUCUCGGAAGAGAUGCGCGCCCUUCAGUAGGGAUCAUUUGGGAGGUAAGCCUCCUAGGGACACGGUUCGAGUUGUCCAGGCAACCUGGACACGAAUCACCCCACGAGAGACACGGCAAUCCUGCCUCUCGCGGCAGUCGGGACAACUUGUAUCGUACACCGACGGGGUUACGUUUCUCAGACCUGAUGCAAGCUGCAUCAAGUUUAACGAGUCAGGCCUCACGGCCAAUGCACUUGAUGUUGUGGAUGAAGGCUUUCCGUCCCUGCACCAAGGCCUUACCGUCUCGGCCACGGCUGCCGUUGUAA